AUGGCGAGACGCAAGAAGAUCAACCAGAAGCCUGCUACUAGCUCUAAGGUGAAUGAAUCCCUGUUGGCUCAAGAAGCUUGUGAGGGAGAGAUGACUGGUUUAGAUGAAGAAGUGCCGGUUGUGGUGGAAGAGGUAUUCAAGGAUACUUUGGUGGAUUUCCCAGAAUUCGGGGGUAAUGGGCCGUUGGAUUCUGAUGAGGGAAUGUCUGGAGUAAAGAGGAAUGGUGUGAAAUGGAGUGAUCAAGCUGAUGUCGAAAGUGAUUUUCAAAGCCAGGCCAAAGAUAAAUGGGCUCAGUUUUGGGCAUUGUUACCGAAUCAAGGAGGAGCUAGGCUAAAUUUUGAAGAACCCCUCAUUCGAGAGAGUCAAAGGAUUGCUCAAGUUGAUUUGGAGGAGAUCGAAGUUGAAACAUCCUUUUGGAACUCAGCUGUGGUAUGUAUGGUUCUUGGAGCUAAUCCUCCCUUUACUGUGUUUGAGGGUUUCAUUAAGAGGAUUUGGGGUAAGCUGGGUAUUGAAAGGAUUACACGAUUGAAUGCUGGAUAUACACUUGUAAAAUUUAGGGAUGAAGCUACCAAAGAUUUGGUGUUGGAAGCUGGGGUUCUCCAUUUCGAUAGGAAACCAGUUAUCGUAAAACCAUGGUCUGCUGAUCUAGAUACUCUAAGGUCAGUGAGAUAUGUUCAUGUUUGGGUUAGACUACCGGGUCUUGGGCUGCAAUACUGGGGUACUAAGUGUUUGAGUGCCCUAGUGAGUACCAUUGGGAAUCUUAUAUUAGUAGAUAAAGUUACAAAAGAUCGAUCCAUGAUGCAAUUUGCUAGGGUGUUAGUGGAGGUUGAAAUAACAGAGGAGGUUCCUCAAUCCAUUCAAUUUUUAAAUGAGAGAGGACAGCUGAUGGAACAAUUACUGGAGUUUGAAUGGCUGCCAACUCAAUGUAAAAGAUGUAGGGUAUAUGGUCAUACUGAGACUUUGUGUAACAGGAAACAAGGUGAGGUCUGGAGGAAGAAAGUUAGAAAUGUUGAUGAAAGGUCUAAGCAAAAACCCACUGAACUGAACUCCUUAGCUGAGAUUACAGCUUUAGCUAGUGAGGUUAUUGCAGAUGAUAAAAGGAAAGUAGAUGCUAAAGAGAAAUCUGAGUCCCAUGCUAUAUCAGAGCCUCCUGGCAAAGUUAAGGGAUUAGACUCAAAAGUUUCAAAGCAGACUGAAGCUAAGGCAAGCAGUGAAUCAAGAGAGAGGCUUCAUUCGGAUUGGAUCACUCCUAAACGGGUGGGGGGUGUCAAGAGUUUGGCUCCAAAUACUCAGAAUAAAUUGAAGAACUCUUAUAGUGCCCUACAAGAUAAGAUAAUGGAGGAAGUGGGGUCUAAUAAAAAGUUUUGUGUAACUUUUGUUUAUGGAAGGAACUCGAUUAAGGAGAGAUUGCAGCUUUGGCUUGAUCUUGCUGGUCUGUCUUUUCCAGCCAAUCCUUGGCUUGUGGCUGGAGACUUUAAUGCUGUUUUUGAGUUUAAUGAUCGGCUUGGUGGUCGUGAUGUUACUGCUCUGGAAAUGGUGGAUGCUCAAAGAUGGAGAUCUCUAGGGUUGGUUGAUGAGAUGCGCACUAGUGGUUCACAUUACACUUGGACAUAUAAGCAAGCUAAUGAGGCAAGAAUCUAUUCUAAAUUGGAUCGAAUAUUUAAAAAUGAAGCCUGGUUGGACUUAUUCCCUCAAGCUGAAGCCUAUGUAAAUUGGGAAAUGCUUUCUGACCAUUGUUUUUGCAUCAUUAAACCUGGAGCAACCCUGAACUUUGGUAUUAAACCGUUUAGAUUUUUUAAUAUGUGGACUAACCAUGAAGACUUUAGAGAGAUAGUGUUGCAGAGCUGGAGUAAACCAAUUAAGGUUCAUGGCUUAGAGAGAAUAAUGAGGAAAUUGAUGAGACUCAAGCAUGUCCUUCGCAAGUUUAACAGAAGGACUAUAGGUGAUGUUGUGCAUAACUAUACAGUAGCUAAGAAGAACUACCAAGCUGCCCAAAAUCAACUCCAACAGGAUCCUCAUUCAGCUGUUCUUCAAAGAGAGGAAAGAUUAGCUUGUCAGUUAAAUGAGAAGUUUGAGGAUGUAGUGGCUCAUUUUGUGAAUCACUUUCGUAGCAUUAUGGGUAGUAAGAGCACAGCUUCGGUUCCUAUUCAGAGGACUUGUUUUAGUCAUGGUAACAUCUUGUCUUUGGAUCAGCAGCUGAGUUUGAUAAAACCUUUCACCAAGAAGGAAGUGGAAGCUGCUUUGUUCAGUAUUAAUCCUAUUAAAAGCCCGGGUCCUGAUGGUUAUGGAUCGAGUUUUUUCAAAGCUAUGUGGAAGGAUGUGGGAGAAGAAAUUUUUGAUGCCAUAUUGGAUUUUUUUAUCAUGAUAGACACCCCCACUAAGGCAGUGGAGUAUAGACCCAUAGCUUGUUGUAAUACUCUCUAUAAAUGCAUUUCUAAAAUGCUAUGUGGUAGAUUGACUAAGGCUCUUCCUAUUCUAGUUAAUCAAAAUCAAGGAGCUUUUGUUAAGGACAGACUGUUGGCGCAUAAUAUUCUUAUUCUUCAGGAUAUUAUAAAAGGUUACAAGAGGAAAAACAUCUCUCCUAGAUGUGUGAUGAAGAUAGACCUUAGCAAAGCUUAUGACACGAUAGAUUGGCAAUUUUUGGAGGAUAUUCUCACUACUUUAUGUUUUCCCAACAAAUUUAUUAGGUGGGUGAUGAUAUGUUUGAAGGGUACUUCUUACUCUAUUUUGAUGUAUGGUAGGAUUCAAGGGAGCUUUAGAGGUAAAAAAGGUCUUAGACAAGGAGACCCUGUAUCUCCUUUGUUAUUUCUUCUAGUCAUGGAGUACUUUACUCGGGUACUCAUUCAAGCUUCUCUAAACAAGAAGUUCAGAUUUCAUCCGAAGUGUAAGAAUCUGAAAUUAGUUAACCUCUGCUUUGCUGAUGAUCUGGUGAUAUUUUGUAAGGGAGUUAACAAUUCAGUUCAGAUUAUAAAAGAGUGUUUUACUACCUUUAGUUUGGCUUCUGGUCUUUCAGCCAACUUGGAUAAAUCUCAGGUGUAUUUUGGGGGUUUGGCUGAGACAGAGACUAAACAGAUAUUGAAUAGGCUCCAAUUCGUUGAAGGGUCUUUUCCUCUAAAGUAUCUUGGAGUUCCUCUUCGGACUACUAAAUGGAAGGCUGGCGACUGUGCUGCUAUUAUCAAAAAGAUUCACCUGAAGCUUCACACUCGGUCUAGUCGUCAUCUUUCAUUUGCUGGGCGGGCUCAACUUUUUAAUUCUGUUCUAUUGGGUAGUAGAUCUUUCUGGAUGAGUAUAUUCCUCCUUCCCAAGAGUUUUGUUAAGGAGAUAGACCAUUUAUGCAGAAUCUUUCUCUGGGGGACUAAUGACAGUAGUAGAAACAGAAGUAAAAUGUAUCUCACUGCUUGGGAGCAAGUCUGCCUGCCUAAGAGUCUGAGCGGUAUUGGGUUUAAGGAAGGGUCCAAAUGGAAUAAAGUGUUACUAGCUAAAUUUGUUUGGGCUCUAUCCUCUAAACAAGACAUCCUUUGGGUGAAAUGGGUGGAUUCCAUCUAUCUUAAAGGGCAGAAUUUUUGGGAGUAUAAGAUGAAGCAGGAUGCCAGCUGGUACUGGAGAAAACUUACCAAUCUGAGAUCAGUUUUUUCUUAUAAAAAUCUGGAGGAGGCAGCUAAGAAUAGUAAGGUUAAUCUGAGAAAACUUUAUUUUCAGAUGCUUAAUAAGGAUAGAGUGCAUUAUGCUAAUGUGGAAUCCCAUUCCCACCUGUUUUUUUAUUGUCAAUUUUCUCAACAAGUUAGAGCAAAUGUGGCUGCUUGGCUGGGAGUGGAUAUUUGGCCGAGUAGGUAUGAGGAGUGGAUCUCUUGGAUGGUUGGGAAGCCUAAAGUCCUGAAGCAAAAAUUGGCAGCUGCUGCACUGGCUGCUUCUGUUUACUUGAUUUGUUGGAACCGUAAUAUGUGUAUGUUUAGAUCUUGCUCUAUGACAGUAGGGAAUGUAGAUCAUUUGAUCAAGUUUUAUUUGAAAGCUAUAUUGGUUAGGCUUCCUAAACUGAAAGUAAAGAAAAAUGACUUAGCAUUUGUUGAGCAGUUUGUCCAGAUUUAG